AUGUACCAGCCCAGGCCAGCAGCAGGAGUGGGGCGUCCACGCCCCGCGGCUGGUGCUGCUGGUAGCAGCAGCAGCAGCAGUAGCAGCAGUAGUUCGCUGGGUGCUGCUGCCUCUCAUAGGAGAGGGUUUGGGGGGGCACCGGGGCCGUUGUCCCGGGGCCUCCCCGGCGUCAGCAGCACCGCAGCAGCAGCAAUGGGGGGGCCCUCUGGGGGCCCCUCUGGUUCAUCUGGGGCGUCGCCGAGUCGCCCUAAGACCUUAGAUGCUCUUUUGGGUUCUAUGAUGCUGCGAGAGGGCCCUUCAAGCCGAAGCGCUCCUGCUGCUGCUGCUGAAGGGUCUGCUGCUGCUGCGCUGCAGCAGCACAGCAGCACCGGCAUAGGAGUCCCCGGGGGACUCCUCGCAGGCCUCGGGGGCGGCAGCUCGCCUGUUGCUGCGGCAGCAAAAGUUGUUGCUGCUUCGGCAGCAGAUAUAUCAGCAGCCAAGAGCAGCAGCCCCGCCACGGCCCCCACAAGGAGGCGGUGGGAUAUCCCUGCAGCGACGACAGCAGCAGCAGCAGCAGAUGACAGCAGCAGCGGCAGCGGCAGGAGCCCAGUGGCAGCUGCUGGGGUCAGGGGCUUGCAGCAGCAACAGCAGCGGCUUCCGUUAGGGAAGGCUUCCCCUUCGUCUCUGCAGGCAACUGGGGGCCCCACACCCCACACUCUUGCUGCGGGUUUCUUUGCUCCUUCUUCUGCACCUCCUAAAGAUGACACCCCAGCAGCAGCUUCUUCGCUCUUUACUCGAAAUCUGACGCAGCAGCAGCAGCAGCAGCAAGACGCGCAGCGACAGCAACAGUCGCAGCAGCAGCCGCAGCAGCAGCAGCAGCAGCAGCAGCAGUCGUCGCAGCAACAACAGCAGCGGCGGCUCACGCUGUGGGGACUGAAACGCGUAGGGGCUGCAGCUGGAAGUGGGGGAGCAGCAACAGCAGCAGCAGCAGCAGCAAGGGGCGACGAGAGCACCAAGGCGCGCACUGACACGCCUGCUAUGGGGGCUGCAGCUUCAGGGCCUUCUGUCUCCUCACCUGCACCCUCUUCUAAAGAAGCAGCUGCAGCAGCAGCUGGAGCAGCAGCAGCACCAGAGCAAGAAACGCCGGCAGCGGCAGCGGCAGGACCAGGACCAGCUGCAGCAGCAGCAGCAGAUGAAGAGGAGGAGCCCCCGCCGCCUCCGCCACGCACAGGUGCAGUAUAUUCGCUUCAGCAGCUGCUCGCAGUCCAUCUGCUGCAGCGGGAAGCAGAUGCAGCAGACGUGAGAGCCGUGAGGGCCCUCCACCGCCCCGACCACCCCACUGCCUUUUUUGCUGCUUCUAUAGAAUCACUGAAGCUGCUGCCGCAGCAGCAGCAACAGCAGCAACAGCAGCAACAGCAGCAACAGCAACAGCCAGGCGCGCAUGCACCUCGUCCAGAAGGACCGACUGCUGCUGGUGAACGGCCCGCCUCCUACGGACGCCCAGAGCAGCAACAACAACAACAGCAGCAGCAGCAGCAGCAGCAACGGGGUUCGUGGAUGGUUCGAGGGGUGCAACAGCACUUAGGAGCAGCAGAAGCUGCUGCAGAGGCUGGCGAGCAGUCGGAUGGCUCGGCGGGGGCCACCUCGCAGGGUCCUUCUCCCUUGCAGCAGCAGCAACAACAGCAGCAGCAGCAGCGUUCUUCCUUCGGCCGUCGUCUUUUGGGGGACUCUGCUGACUCCCACUUGGGGGCCCCCCUGCAGCAGCAACAGCAGCAGCAGCAACCGCUGGGGUACGGCGGAGACGGCGGGCGGAGAGUCUGGGGCCAGGGCCUGCAGCAGCAGCAGCUGCAGCAGCAGCAGCAGCAGCAGCACCAGCGGGGAGGCGGGGAUGGAGACAGCAGCACGUCGUCUCGCGGGCUUGAAUUCAGCAGUCGGUUUCCAAAACCUGACGGGGGGGUUUUUGCUGCUGAAGCUUCGACAACUCGACCAUCUCAGGGGCCAGUAGGGGGCCCUCGGGGGCCCCAGGGAUGGGGAGCCCCUGCUGCAGGCGAGGGCGGAGACACCAGCAGCAGCAGCAGCAGCAGUUGCGGCAGCAGACAGCAGCACCCCGGGAGACAUAGGGGAGACGGAGAUGCUUACUUAGAGGGCUUGACGCAGCCCCAAGGGCUUCCUGCGCCUGGCUGUGGGGUGUGGGGUCGUACUGGUGUUGCUGCUGCACGCAGCAGCAGAACCUCUUCAAGGCGAGAGACAGCAGAGGAUGGCGCUGCAACAGCUGCUGCUGCUGCUGCUGCUGUUGCGGAUACAGGAAGCGCUGCAGCGGCGACGCAGAAAGCAGAUGAUAGCGCUUUCCAGAGGAUCGGAAUGCAACGCAACCCACUGCAGCAGCAGCAGCAACCACAGCCGCACCCAAGUGAAGCAUCAGCAGCAGCACCAGCAACAUCAGCAGCAGCACGGGACGGAGUGGUGGGGGGCGAACCUUGUAGGGAUCUGCACCGAGACACGGAAGCAGCGGCGUCGCCUGCUGCUGAGGCUGGUAGCUUUGAUGCAGUAGAGAAGCUUGGGGGCUUCCCUACCCCGCAGCAGCAGCAGCAGCAGGAGCAGGAGCCGUUUGCCAUUGACUUUGCUGCUCUGUCCGCCGUUCUGACCUCUCCUGUUAAACCCUCGCUAAUGCAAGGAGGAACAGAAGCAGCAGCAAAUGCUGCAGGCAGCGGCUCAGCUCCCCCCUUGCCUCGCCGCGAGGAGCUUUGGGCUCAGCCGGACGCCCGCCAGUUGCUGCUGCAGCACGCAGAACAGCAGCAGCAGCAGCGGCAACAGCAGCAACAGCAGCAGCAGCAACAACAGCAGCAGCAGCCACUAGACCCUUUCUUCACGCAGCGCGAACGGUCAGAUUUAUCUUCUGUUGCGGCCUUUUGGGCUGAAGAGCCGAUCAUUAAACGCAAACCCCGGCAGCAGCAGACGCAGCAGCAGCCGCAGCAGCAGCAGCAACAGCACCAGGAGCAACAGCACCAGGAGCAGCAGUCCCAGCAGCAGCAGCAGCAGCAACUCCUGCUGCUGCAGCAGCUAGGAGACGGUUCGGCCCGCUCGUGGCCCAGUCUCGAGACGGACCCAGAGCAGAGUUCGUUUGCUGGCGCACCGGAGCAGCAGCAGCAGCAGCAGCAACAGCAGCAGCGAGGGGCCUCUCUGCCUCCAUGUAGUUUUUCCCGCGUGGAAUCCCUUUUAGAAAGAGGGGAGCUGCCUGCGGAGCUUCACCCUCUUCAGGAGCGCGCGCUAGCAGCCGUAGGAGCAACAGCAGCAGCAGCGCCGGGUCCUGUUUCUUCAGCAUCAAGCAGCAGCAGCAACAGCAGCAGGAGGGAGCUGGUGGGUGAUGCCAAUUUGACAUCCCUACAGCGGCUGCUCAACAGCGAAAUGACGGAAAAGCAGCUGCAUGCGUUAGCAGCACAAGUCCAUUCGCCAGCUCAGUGCAGCAGCAGCAACCGCAGCAACAGCAGCAGCAGCAGCAGCAUCCGGUGGCGGAUGCACGCUUGCAGUUGCAGGGGCCUGGAGGUCUUACUGCAGCAGCAUGCAGACAACCCACAAGCAGAGGCGGCGCUGCAAGGCCCGUAUUCUUUGGCACGGCUGCGGCAGCAGCAGGCCUUACUAGAGCAGCAGCAGCUGCAGCAGCAGCAACAGCAGCAGCAGCAGCAGCCAGCCUUCCUUGCCCCUCAGCGGCCGCCAGUCGCUCCCGGGCCCUUGGGUAGCCGCGUAGACCUGUUUGCUGCUGCCUUGCAGCAGCAAGAGCAGCAACAGCAGCAACGAGAAAUGCACCGCCUGUUGGGGGGCCUCCCGUUGGGGGCCCCCCAGGGGCAGCAGGAGGUAAUGGGGCGUCCAGUAGAACUGCUGCAGCGAAUGGCGAUGGAUGCGGGCGUGCCGCUGAGCAGCAGUAGCAGCAGCAGCGGCAGCAACAGCAGCAGCAGCAGCAUUUGGUACUACAAGGAUCCUAGCGGUACACAGCGAGGCCCCUUCAGUAGCAAAGAUAUGCACGGCUGGUGGCAGCGCAACUACUUUGCUGACGAUCUUCUUAUGAGGUGGGACCCGCUGCUGCCGUGGCUGCCUUUUGGGCUUAUUUAUCCAGCGGGGGGCCCCCAGCCCUUCACAGUACUGCCGGACUUGCAGGGGAUUCAACAGCGGCUGCUGCAGCAACAGCAACAACAGCAGCAGCAGCGAGAACGCGAACGCCUUCUACAGCAGAGACACCAGCAGCAGCAGCAGCAACAGCAGCAGCAGCAACAGCAGCAGCAGCAAAGACGAAGACACCAAAAUGCAACAGCCCCAGCACCAGCCACAGCUGGGCCCCCAAGCUUCCGCCUAUGGGAUCGAAGGUCUUCUUCUGCUGUAUCUCGUGGUGCUGAUGACAUAUCAGCAGCAGCAGCAGCAGCACAAACUGCAGUUGCUGCUGCUGCUGCUGCUGUGGGGGCAGAUGACGCGGCGGCGUGGGAGGCGUGGAUGCGACGCGCGGGACUGCCGUUGCACCAUCAGCAACAGCAGCAACAGCAGCAACAGCAACAACAGCAGCAACAGCAGCAACUUCGCGUUGCUGCAGCUGCAGCAGAUCUGGGCCAUUUUGCUCUCCACGCACAUGAACAACCGCAGCAGCAACAGCAGCAACAGCAGCAACCCUUGUUCAUGCUCCAGCAACAGACAGCGGACGCGAUGCACCGGCCGCCUCUAGCGGGGCCCGCAGAUGAGCAGCAGCACCAGCAGCAGCAGCACCAGCAGCAGAAGCAGGAGCAGCAGCAUGAGCAGCAGCAUCAACUCCAGCAACAGCAGCAAGGACUUGUAGUGGGUCGUGCGGCGCAGAUGACUUCCACCCUUAAAAAUCUCCUGGGUAUUGGUGGCCCACAUGGGCAACAGCGAGAGCAGCAGCAACAGCAGAAGCCGCAGCAGCAGACGGAGGUGACAGAGGAGCAGCUACAGCAGCAGCAGAACACCCUGGGCUGGACUGCCGAUAGACUGACGGAGACGCAGCGACAGCUGGAGCAACUGCAGCAGCAGCAGCAGCCGCACACAAAGCAGCUGCUUUCGAGCGAUGAAGAUCAAAAGCAACACCAGCAGCAGCAAGCACCUGCAACUGCUGCGCCCAAGACAUGGGCAGCCACAAUGGAGGAGUCCUGUCGGCAAGAGAAACAAAAAAAGCAGCAGCAGCAGGAGAAGCAGCAGCUGCCAGAGAAACAGCAGCAGGAGAAGCAACAGCAGCAGGAGAAGCAACAGCAGCAAGAGAAGCAGCAGCAGCUUGAAAAGCAGCAGCAAGACAAGCAACAACAGCAAGACAAGCAACAGACACUGCCAGAGAAACAGCAGCAGGAGAAACAACAGCAGCAGAAGCCAGCAGAGAAGGAUAAGAGACAGCAGCAGCAGCAGCAACAGCAGGAGAAACAACAGGAGAAGCAGCAGCAGCGCCAGACUAAGCAGCAGGAGCAGCAGCAGCAGCGUCAGGCAAAGCAGCAGGAGCAGCAGCAGCAGAAACAGGACAAGCCGCAGCACUCCCGUGAGAAGCAGCCCAGGGCACCCCAGGACAAGACCCCUGCUAGUAGCAGCAAGGCGAAAGCCCCUGCAGCAGCGGUUGUCGCUGGUUCUACAGCAGAAGCAGCAAAGGGUGGGUGGGAGGUAGCAGGCCACAAAGGCCAGCGCAAGAAGGAGCAGCAAAGACAGCAGCAGCAGCAGCAGCAGCAGGAUAAGCAGCAGCAGGAGGGGCCUGAGGCGAAGGCCUCUAAGUCACAGCCUCAGCAGCAGCCGCCGCAGCAGCAGCAGCAGCAGGGAAAGCGUGGGGCUGGAGAGGGCGCCUCAGGGGAGCAGCAGCGGCGCCCUGCUCUCGGGGGCCCUGCCCCCUGGGUCUCUGUUGCUGCUGCUGCAGCAAAUAGACCAAAUGUAACGCUGAAAGAAGUGAUGGAGCUGCAGAGCGCCGAACAGUCACGAGAGGAAGAAGAGAGAAGGAAGGAAGAGGAAGCUGCCUUGAAGGCUCAACAGCAGCAGCAGGAAGCAGCUGCUGCGCGUUUGCGCUGGGCAACAAUGCAGCGGAAGGACAGCAACGGACAGAGCGUCUCUGGCUGGGGCACCCCGGCGGCGUUGGGGGCUUCUGUUGGUUCAUCUGAAGACUUCCCUGAUUUGCUUGAAGGAGCAGCAAACACGUACGGCAGCGGUGCUGCAACUCCGCCUGUAUUGACGCCUGCUGGUGCUGGUGCUGCUCCUGCAGCAGCAGCGGCUGGAGCAGCAGCAGCAGCACCCGCAGCGGGAGCUGCAACAGCAGCAGUUUCAGCUGCUGCUGCUGCGAGGACUCCGUCUUCGGCUACGGGGGCCGAAGCAGCAGCACCUGCUGCCGCACGCAAGGGGGGAGCCGGAACGAAGGGGAAGGUGAAGGGCAACACGCAAUCGCUGCAAGAUUUCAUUGCGGCUGCUGCUGUGAACAGCAAAAAAGAGAGCGCAGCGCUGCCUCUGGGGGCAACGGCGUGGUCUCAGGGGGCCCCCAAAGGCCUGGCUGCUUCUGUUCCCCCGCCCACGCCCAUUCAGCAGCAAAAGCUGCAGCAGCAGCAGCUGCAGCAGCAGCAGCAGCAGCAGCGAAAUGCGCUUGCGACGCCUGUGAAGAAGAACGCGGCAGCAGCAGCACGGAGUUCUGGAGCCUCCUCUGCAGCAGGACGGUCGGCGGAAGCGGAGUUUCCUUCCAUCGCCGCAGCACCUUCUGCUGCAGCAGUAACAUCAACGGAAAAGGAGACACCGAAGCGGGCCGCGGCUCAGCUGCAGGAGUGGAAUUGCCUCCUUGCAGAAUGCGAAUUGCCGCUAGACGUUCCAAUCCUCGAGUAUUUAGCCACGAUGGAGAACCCGCUGGAGGUGGAGGAGUUUCUGCUGGAAAGCUUUCCCAGCCACAAAAAUUUGCGGCUUUUUGCGGAGAAUUUCGUAAUGACCAAUGACAAAUACAAUAAGAGGCCCCAGGACGACAAGGGGGGGCCCCAAGCAUCAGCAGCAAGCUGGGAGGCGAUUCAGGGCAAAGGAAGAUCCCGCAAAAAGAAGCCGCAGGGGCGGCCUGUAGACCCAAGUUUGCUGGGAUUUUCAGUAAAGAACAGCCGCCGCAGCUCGGGGAGUCUUGAGGGCGUAGACUGA